AUGCAACCAAAGAAUUUUGAUGGUUCUGUGGAGAGUAAAUUUCAAAACUUUAUUGCUAAGUUGGGUGUGGUGGUAGAAGAUCAAAGGAGGGAGGAUAAGGGAAAAUUGGAAGGUUUGAAAAUUCUGGCAGAAGAAUCUAAUGAGGGAGGGGGGGGUGGCAGUAUGAUUGAGAGGAGGAGGCUUUGUCAAUUAAUUAGAAAGGAGAAGGCUGAUAUAAUGUUAUUUCAAGAAACAAAGUUAAAGGAGGUAUCGACUUCUACCGUUAGAAGUUUAUGGGGUAACGAGGAUCAUGACUUUUCUUUCAUGGGAGCUGAAGGUUUAUUAGGAGGGAUGUUAACGGUUUGGAAUAGCAAGACGGUUACGACUCUUUUCUCUUUUUGCGGCAAAGGUUUUCUCGGCAACAAAGUCUAUUGGAAAGGAGGUAAUUAUUACAUUGUUAAUGUUUAUUCGCCUUGCUCUUUAUGUGAUAAGCGAGAUGUGUGGACUCAAUUAUUGCAUUUGAAACAAAAUUACAUAGACGUAGAGUGGAUUAUUGAUGGAGAUUUUAAUGCCGUUAAAACAAGGAGCGAGAGAGUAGGAAGAGGCGUUGGUAGGAGUAAUGUAGAGUGGAGGGAAUUCUUAAAGUUUAUUGAGGAGAGUGGUUUGGUGGAUGUUCCUUGUAAAGGGAAGAAGUUUAGUUGGUUUUGUGGGGAUGGCAAAUCGAAGAGUAGACUUGAUAGAUUUCUUGUGGAGGAUUCCUUGGUGUCGUCUUUGGGGAUUGUGGGGCAAUUGAUCGGUCGUUGGGAUAUCUCUGACCAUUGUCCGAGGGGAUUGGAAGUGUUUGGAAGAGGGGAUUUUGUUCUUAAAGAGAAGCUUAGACUUAUUAAAGAUAAGUUACGGUGGUGGAAUUUGAAUGUUUUUGGCAAAUUUGAGUUGGCGGUGGAGGAAGGGGUGAAUAUUUUGAAUGCGGCGGAUGAUAGUGAGCGUUGGGAAGAGGAGGAAAUUGAGAUAAAAAAGAAGGCGAGUAAGAAUAUUUGGUUGAAUUUAAAAAUAAAGGAGAACAUGUUAAUUCAAAAAGGCUAG